AUGUAUAACUUAAAUUUAUGCAAUGACAUUAAGUCGGGUUGUUACUCGUGUAGUCACGUGACUAAGACGGAGACUUGUAACAAUACAGUCAGCUGUCUGCCAGGGGAGAAAUGUUACACAUUAGAAACCCUGUCUUCCUCCGGGGAACAUGGAUACCAAUUAGGAUGUGUUCACGAGGAUGUGUGUUCCAGUUUUCAUAAUCAAGCUGCUCAUGUUUUCGGAAAGCGAAGCGACCCCAUUCAGUUAUCUCUGGACGGGGACUGUUGUAACGGGAGUCUGUGUAACCAUCACUCUCUGCUCCACCCCACACAAAGCUCAAUUACGACAGGUUGUUUAUACCUAUCUGAAGAACAUCACUGCCCUGUUGGAUUUGAGUUGUAUGCUGGACGAUGUUAUCUGGUUGGAGAUGAAAACUAUAACUUCACAGAGGCGCAGAUGUUUUGUGGCUUCCAUUGUGCUAAACUGGUAGAGGAUUUGACAAUCGAUGACAUGAGGGAUCUUCAAGGAGUUGUUGAUGAUAACAAUGUGUACAUUGGAGCGGUAGAUCCCUCACACAGCGGAAACUUUGUGUGGAAGACCUCCGGACGUCCGGCACCUAGUGUAAGUCACCAUGGGCACCGUUACCCUGACAACACGUGCGCCACAAUGCAUUUCUCCAGAAGCGAUAACCCGAUUUUAAUGACUGCGUAUUGUCAUUACCAUUUUAAACCACUGUGUCAAGCUCCAAUGAAAUAAUGAAAUAACAUUGUGUUUCGUUAGUAUAUUCAUUUUAUAUCUGUGAUAUAUGGUCCAGUGACAUUUUCGCCAUUAUAUAUAACAUGGCACAUACAGAAGGACUGGACGCGAACAUUUGCAAAUACUUCCUCCUUGAGGGAUUUGAGGUAUUUAGAUCUUCCUGUACAUAGGUACCAUGAUGUGGAUAAGCGGUGAGUCUUUAACACAUCAUCUUGCAUUCAAACUAGUCUUCCUCAAUUUGUUUUCAAUUUCACCGACUGGUUUGAGGAUCUUGAAAACAACAGGGAACAAGCCACUAACAAAAAGAGCGGGACGGGGACCCCUUUGUAGUCCCCAAUCGCAAUGUGUGUGUAAACGGCUCCAAUCAUUAUCACUGUCAGAAUUCCGUAAGCUGUCUUCUGCAGUGCCUUAAUGAACAAUC